AUGUACUGUAAAAUACUUAUAACGGGAACUAUGACAACAGUUCAACAAACACCUUUAUUAUCAAAAGAUCCUCCUUCUUAUUAUUCGAUUUACUUGCAUGAACAAGCACCUGGAACAGAAACAUCUACGUCAAGGUCACAUUCCAUUAAACGUUACUUUCGUCGACAUUGUGCAUUCUUUCAACGACUCAUAGCAGCAGUAUUUGUAGCAACUACUAUAUCUACAACUAUUAUGUUACUUCUUUGGCAACUACAAAACUUGACAGACCCAAGUGGUGUAGAUGAUCCAUGGUUUGACCCUGAUAUGGCUUUAUCUUGA